CUCUAUCAAUGGCCGCAAAGCGUGGCUGCUUCUCCAACAUGCUGUUUGGGAAAGACGUGCCAUGGCGGCGGCUGGAGGGCAUGUCGUUUGGCAUGUACUCUGCCGAAGAGAUAAGGAAGCUGAGUGUGAAGGUGAUCACUAACUUCAGGUUACUUGAUGGUGUUGGGAACGUGGCCCCGAACAGCCUGUACGAUCUGGCCCUUGGGCCAGCAGACAGCAAAGAGGUGUGUUCAACCUGCUGUCAGGACUUCAACAACUGUCCAGGACACCUGGGACAUGUAGAGCUACCUCUACCUGUAUACAACCCGCUGUUCUUUGAUAAACUCUACCUGUUUAUUCGUGGUUCCUGUCUUUCGUGUCACAUGUUAACAUGUCCCAGAGCUGCCAUCCACCUGCUGCUGAACCAGCUGAAGUUAUUGAACCAUGGGGCCAUGCAGGAGGUCUACCUAAUAGAGCAAGUUCUUUACCAGCUCUUGGAAGAGAAUCCCAAAGCCACUGGAGAUGAGAUCGAGCAGGUGCUGAAAAAGUUUACAGACUCUAUAGUUGGAGUGAACGCUCAAGGUUCAGAAAACACCAAACCGAUCAAACACCUUGUUGAAAAGAAGAACAGUUUGAUCACUGACUUCUGGAAGAUCCAUAUGAAAACUAGGAAGUGCCCUUACUGCGGGAGCGGCAGAUUUACAGUGCGCCGUGAACACAACAGUAAGCUGAUUCUCACAAUGCCAUCAGGAGGACAGACCACUGCAGACGCUGAUGAUGAUCUGAUGGCUGGAAAGAGAGUCUACCUGACGGCUAGCACUGCUAGAGAACACAUCAAUAACCUGUGGGUGAAAGAAGGUUUCUUCUUAAAGUGUCUAUUCGCUGGCCUGGAGGAGGGGACGAUUUCAAGGGAGGGAGAGGGUGGGUUUUAUCCAGACCUCUUCUUCCUGGAGCUUCUGGUGGUCCCACCGUGCAGGUAUCGUCCCAUCAAUCGACUGGGUGACCAGAUGUUUACAAACGGUCAGACGGUCAACAUGCAGGCCGUCAUGAAGGACUGUGGAGUCAUAAGGAAACUCCUGGCUCUCAUAGCAGGGGAGAAAACUGUGGAGGAGGAGGCUCCUGAACAGACGGACCAGACGUUUCUGAUAGGUAUCCCCGGACUGACAGUAACCGAUAAACUCUACAACACCUGGGUGCGACUGCAGACCCACGUCAACAUCGUCUUUGACAGCGACAUGGACAAAAUGAUGACAGAGAAAUACCCUGGAAUCAGACAGAUCUUGGAGAAAAAGGACGGAUUGUUCCGGAAACACAUGAUGGGAAAACGAGUGGACUACGCGGCACGAUCUGUCAUCUGUCCAGACAUGUACAUAGGGACCAACGAGAUCGGAAUACCUAUGGUGUUUGCCACCAAGCUGACCUACCCGCAGCCUGUCACGCCAUGGAACGUGAAGGAGCUUCGUCAGGCCGUCCUCAACGGACCCAACAUCCACCCCGGUGCCUCCAUGGUGAUAAACGAGGACGGUAGGAAAACCAUCCUAUCAGCCACCAGCCUUGCACAGAGAGAAGCCGUUGCCAAGCAGCUGCUGACGCCCUGUCCCGGUCCACAUAAGAUGCCCAUGAAAAUAGUGAAUCGUCAUAUAAAAAACGGAGAUGUUUUGUUACUCAACAGACAGCCAACUCUGCACAGACCCUCCAUACAAGCCCAUUGUGCACGCAUCCUACCAGGAGAGAAGGUAUUAAGGCUCCACUAUGCCAACUGCAAGGCGUACAAUGCUGAUUUUGAUGGAGAUGAAAUGAACGCGCACUUCCCUCAAAGUGAGCUGGGCAGAGCAGAGGCCUACACGUUAGUCAGCACUGAUCAACAGUACCUCGUCCCCAAGGACGGUAAACCUCUAGCGGGUCUGAUCCAGGACCACAUGGUAUCUGGUACGAGGAUGACGAUACGAGGCUGUUUCUUCACCAGAGUCCAGUACAUUGAGCUGGUUUACAGAGGACUGACUGACAAACCAGGCAGAGUCACACUGCUGCCGCCGGCCAUACUCAAACCACAGCAACUCUGGACAGGAAAGCAGGUGGUGUCUACGCUCCUGCUGAAUGUUAUCCCACAGAAGGCUGUGCCUCUCAACCUGGCUGGCAGAUCGAAAAUCCCCAGCAAAGCAUGGAUCCAAGUCCCACCACGAGCUGCUCCGGGAUACAAACCUGACAGCAUGUGUGACUCACAGGUGUUGAUUCGUCAAGGGGAGCUGUUGGUGGGGGUUCUGGACAAAGCUCACUACGGGUCCUCAGCCUACGGUCUGGUCCACUGCUGCUACGAGCUGUACGGAGGGCAAACCAGUGGCAAACUGCUCAGCUGUCUGGCUCGACUCUUCACUGCUUACCUGCAGCUGUACAGAGGCUUCACUUUGGGUGUGGAAGAUAUCCUGGUGAAACCAGGCGCCAACAGGCAGAGGAAAAAAAUCAUUCAAGAAUCACUGAAUAUUGGCACAAAGGCCAUCCAAGCAGCCUUCAACCUGCCCGCCAAUGUGGAUCAAGGUGAGGCCCAGAGCCGCUGGCAGGAUGCUCACCUCAACCCGGACCAGAGAGACUUUAGCAUGGCCGACCACAAGUUCAAAGAAGUGGCCAACCAAGUGAACAACGACAUCAACAAGGUGUGCAUGCCCGUCGGACUCCACACCUCUUUCCCAGACAACAACCUCCAACUGAUGGUCCAAUCAGGAGCCAAGGGAUCCACUGUAAACACCAUGCAGAUUUCAUGUCUACUGGGCCAGAUUGAGUUGGAGGGCCGUAGGCCUCCACUGAUGCCUUCUGGGAAAUCUUUGCCGUGCUUCCAGCCAUAUGACCCCGCACCUGGCGCUGGGGGGUUCGUUUCUGGAAGGUUUCUAACGGGCAUCAAACCACAGGAGUUUUUCUUCCACUGUAUGGCCGGCAGAGAGGGACUGGUGGACACAGCUGUGAAAACAUCCAGAUCAGGAUACCUGCAGAGAUGUGUCAUAAAGCAUCUGGAGGGCUUGGUAGUACAGUACGAUCUGACGGUGAGGGACAGCGAUGGAUCCGUGGUCCAGUUCCUGUACGGUGAAGACGGACUGGAUAUCCCCAAGACUCCGUUCCUGCAGCAGAAGCAGUUCCCUUUCAUAGAGGACAACUACGAGGUCAUCAAGAGGUCCCAGGGCCUGGACAAGUUUUUGUCACGUCUGGACCCUCAGGCUGCCAGUCAACACUUUGAGUCCAUCCAGCGCUGGAAAGCAAAGAGAGAGGGGGCCUGUCCGCGGAGAGGAGCGUUCUUACUGUUUUCUCAAAAAAAGUUGGCCAAACUGAAGCAGACUCAAGAAAGAACGGAAGCAGACGUCUACGGCAGAAAUGUUGCUGAAUCACAGCUCUUCCAGAAUUGGCGUUCUCUGGAUGAACCCAGCAGAUCAAAAUACAUCAGGAAGACCUCCCGCUGCCCAGGGCCCUCCCUGGGCUUGUUGAAGCCUGACAUCUGCUUCGGCUCUGUAUCUGAAAACUUUCACAACAUCACGGAGAAGUACCUCCAGAACGAAGGCAGGAGGAGUCGAGGCAGCGUGGACACCCACAGCCUCCGGCAGCUGUUGCACUAUAAGUGGCAGCGUUCGCUGUGUGAUCCUGGUGAAGCCGUGGGUCUGCUAGCGGCUCAGUCCAUAGGCGAGCCCUCCACCCAGAUGACCCUCAACACCUUCCACUUCGCCGGCAGAGGAGAGAUGAACGUCACUUUGGGAAUACCCCGACUGAGAGAGAUCCUGAUGGUGGCCAGCUCCAACAUUAAAACUCCCAUGAUGAGUGUCCCGGUGCUAAACACCAGGAAAGCCUUGAAGAGGGCAAAGACACUCCGUAAGAAGCUCACCAGAGUCUGUCUGGCUGAGGUCCUGCAGAGGGUGGAUGUGGUAGAAACUUUGCGGAUCGAAAAUCAUCAAAAGCUUCGGUCGUUCAAAGUCACCUUCAAAUUCCUGCCUCUGGAACGUUACUGUGACGAUAAGCUGCUGUCACCCCAGCAGAUCCUCCACUACAUGGAAACUAGGUUUUUCCGUCUCCUGCUGGAAGCCAUUAAGAAGCGCAGUGCCAAGCUGGCGUCCAUUGCCGUGGAAACAAGGAAGGCCACGCCCAGAGAUAAGGACCAUGAUGGCGAGGGAACAGCUGACCCAGCAGGGCUGGAUGAUGGGGAGGAAGAAAUGGAGCGAGAGGUUGUUGAUGACCAGGCGAACGAGGGAGACGCCGAUGCCUCAGACGCCAAGCGAAAAGACAAACAGGAAGAGGAGGUGGACUAUGAGAGUGAGGAAGAGGACAGAGCUGACGACGCCGAGGAUAAAGAAGAUCAGGGGGAGGACGAGGGGGUGGUGGAGGAGGAGGAGGAGGAGAACACGCUGGAGGUGUCGCAGACGGAGUCUGGACGAGUGAGAGCGGAAAAGAGAAAACGACCAAGAAGAGAUGAAGCAGAGGGAGAGGAGGGGUUGGAUCAGAUGAGGAUGAACACCGUUCUGGAGUCCAACUCGGCGAUAGAGAGAUAUCGCUACGAUCAACAGCACGAGCUCUGGUGUGAGGUCGACCUGGUCUUACCGGUGAGCAAGGUGCACUUUGACCUGACCUCGGUCCUGUCGACGCUGGCCCAGAACGCCGUCAUUGUGGAGACCAAAGGCUUGACCCGCUGCCUGCUGGGCGAAACUACGACGAAGAGCGGAGAGAAAGAGACGGUUCUCAACUCAGAGGGCAUCAACAUGCAAGAAAUGUUCAAUCACAGUGAUAUCCUAGACAUCAACAGACUGUACUCUAACGAGGUGCAUGCCAUGGCUAAAACAUAUGGGAUUGAAGUGGCUCUGAAGGUCAUAGAGAAGGAGAUCAAAGAUGUCUUUGCUGUCUACGGUAUUGAGGUUGACCCCAGACAUCUGUCACUUGUAGCAGAUUACAUGUGUUUUGAAGGCGUGUAUAAGCCCCUGAACCGGCACGCCAUCCAGUCCAACGCCUCCCCUCUGCAGCAGAUGACCUUUGAGACCAGCUACAAAUUCCUCAAACAGGCGACCAUGCUAGGGUCACACGAUGAGCUGGUGUCGCCCUCGGCCUGCCUGGUGGUGGGGAAGGUGGUGAAAGGUGGAACAGGACUGUUUGAGCUGAAGCAGCCUCUGCAGUAGGAGAGGAGACCAUCACAAGUCCGGUUGGAUGGAUGUGGACCGAUGUGGACCGAUGUGAUCACAGAGUCCUAUGACGCUUUAAGUUAUCUGACAAAUAAACAACAAUACAUUUUGUCUCAGUUCCUACUUCAUGUGGUGGGUGUGACUGUGAUUGAUCUUCAAUAUUUGAGGUUUUGAUACAAUUGUCCAUGAAUGAAAUCGUUUGAGAGUGAAUGUAUAGAAUGAAUCACAUUAAUCUGCCUGUGUGCUCCUGUAACACUACAGACCUGCUCAUCUGGUAGACUAGCAACCCUCUGUGUCUGUGUAAUGCUGCCAUUAAACAUUAAAGCUUAAU